AUGGCCUACAAGCGUGGCGCCAUCGUUGACCACUUACUGCAACAGAUGCUCACAGCUCCCGGAGACAGUGAUAAGAUGAGGAUUCGGCAGCUCUACUCAUGUAGACUUAUUGUGUUCUUCAGCGAAAACGAGGCGGUCGCAAAGUAUUGCGUGAAAGAGAGGGAAAGAGCGCGCCCUGUUGCGGAGGCGCUUCUAGACGCGCAAGCAUACCUCCUGCAUAUGAUUCCAGGGCAGCUGCGGGAAACGAAACCUGUUCAGGAUUCCGAACUUCUGGUAAAGAGGGAAAAGGGCAAGGGGAGGUACGAGUUCCUGGACUUAGCGCUGGAGAACAUCAAGGGCUUCGCGAACUUCUUUAGAGCUUCAAAGCACUUUCGCCAGGCGCUGCAGCAAUCAGAAACUUUCUUCCCAGAUCUCGAGAGCCUGGUCUCUCGUAACAUCACGAAGCGCGCGAGCGCUCACCUUCAGGAGAAGGCAGCUAAGCACGUCUCCCGUCUGCUGCAUAUUUUCUCCCAAUUUGAAGAUUGCCAGCACUGGACCAUUGACAGCGGACGGUUACGAAUCCACGCAGCAGCAGCAAGGCUGCUGCGGUUAGACGGAGUGACAGAAGGUUUCGUCAAGGGCUGGAAGAAGCUAGGCGGGCCGUCCAGCGCCGGGUCGGUCCCCUUGGCCACCAGCUGGCAGUUGCGCAAGCAUCUCGAGUCGUCCGAAAAGAAACUCUUGUAUUUCGACAGGCGCAUACGAAACGCAGGAGAUCCGCACACCGCGAGAAAGCUGCGUCAGGAGUGGUUGGAUAUGAACGAAGGAGCACUGGCCACGAUGGGAUGGCCAGCUCUGGAAAGAUGUGGUGGCUUGCCUUCCGUCGCCCAAGGUCCCGAACAGGACGGUCUGAGGUUCGCGAAGGCCGUCGCAAGAGCCGGUAGCAGCGCCGCGCCAGUCGUAUGCUCCUGGGAGAUGUGCACCGAGGGCUCGGUGCUGGACGCAGGCAGGCAGUUCAGCAAGUGCGCCAACUGCUCGCUCGCGUUCUACUGCAGCAAGGAACACCAAAAGCUCCACUGGACGAGCCACAAGAAGCAGUGCAAAGCCGAAACGUCUGAUUAG